AGCGGGAAAAGUUUCUGCAAUGUGCAUAUGCCAGUUGGGAAGGGUUAGAGAGGAGAGACAAGGAAAGGGAAAGAGAGAGAUACCGGUGAAGAAAUGGAAUCCAUUCUCAAGAAAUACUUUGGGUUUUCUGGGUUCCGGGCAUACCAGAAGGAGGUGAUCGAGAAAAUUCUUCAAAGAAGAGACUGUCUGGUUGUCAUGGCUACUGGAAGUGGGAAGUCUCUGUGCUACCAGGUUCCUCCAUUGCUUGUGGGAAGAACUGGCAUCGUCAUAAGCCCUCUUAUAUCUUUGAUGCAAGACCAGGUGAUGGCUUUGAAACAACGAGGCAUAAAGGCUGAAUUUCUUGGAACUAGUCAAAGUGAUCAUUCUGUUUAUACUUUAGCUCAAAGUGGUCAUUUUCAUUUAUUAUUCAUGACUCCUGAAAAGGCUUGCGUACUUCCUAUCAGCUUUUGGUCAAAAUUGCUGGACGCGGGUGUUUGUCUGCUUGCUGUUGAUGAAGCACAUUGCAUAUCAGAAUGGGGCCAUGAUUUCAGGGUGGAAUACAAGCAAUUAGACAAGUUACGGAAUAUUCUACCAGAUGUGCCAUUUGUUGGCUUAACUGCAACUGCUACUGAAAAGGUUAGAAUGGACAUCAUGAAUUCCCUGAGAAUGAAUGAGCCUUAUGUUGCUAUUGGCUCAUUUGAUCGCAAAAAUCUCUUCUAUGGUGUUAAACAUUUCAACCGUAGUACUCAAUUUGUGGACAACCUUGUGCAAGAAAUUUCUAAGUUUGCAGGGAAUAGUGGCUCAACUAUUAUUUACUGCACAACCAUAAAAGAUGUUGAACAGAUUUUCAAGUCACUUCAAAACGCAGGAAUUAAGGCUGGAAUAUACCAUGGUCAGAUGAGCAGCAGAGCUCGUGAGGAGUCCCACAGAUCAUUUAUAAGAGAUGAACUGCAUGUCAUGGUUGCCACUAUUGCUUUUGGCAUGGGCAUUGAUAAGCCAAACAUAAGGCAAGUGAUACAUUAUGGUUGUCCUAAGAGUCUAGAGUCCUAUUACCAGGAAAGUGGACGCUGUGGAAGAGAUGGUAUAGCCUCUGUCUGUUGGCUUUAUUAUACAGGAAGUGACUUUUCGAAGGGUGACUUCUAUUGUGGGGAAUUGAAAUCAGAAAAUCAGAGAAAAGCAGUAGUGGAGUCUUUAAGGGUCGCACAGAAGUACUGCAUGCUGGCUGCUUGCAGAAGAAAGUUCUUGCUUGAUUACUUUGGUGAAAAAUUUCCAGCUGAAAAAUGCGGAAAUUGUGAUAACUGCAAGGUCUCGAGAAGGGAGCGUGAUCUGUCCAGGGAAGCAUUUCUUUUAAUGGCUUGCAUCCAAUCAUGUCGGGGUAAAUGGGGCCUCAAUUUGCCUGUAGAUGUUCUUCGUGGAUCUCGAGCAAAAAAAAUUCUUGAUAUGCAUUUUGAUGAGCUUCCACUUCAUGGACUUGGGAAAAGCUACUCAUCAACUUGGUGGAAAGCACUGGCUUACCAAUUGAUCUCUGAUGGUUAUCUGGUAGAGACAACUGAAGAUGUAUAUAAAUGUGUGAGUGUUGGCGCAAAGGGAAAGCAAUAUCUUAGGUCUGCCACGCCUGAUUAUCAACCACCACUCAUUUUGCCAUUGACUAGUGAAAUGGUUGAUGAUGAGGAACAUCAAAGUGCAACAGGUGGAGUUGGAGAAUUCAAGAGUUUGGCGACUUUGGAAUUUGAAAGUUUUUCAGAGGCUGAGGUACAACUCUAUCACAUGCUUUUGGAAGAGAGGAUCAAGCUUGCAAGAAGCAUUGGAACUGCUCCAUAUGCUGUAUGUGGUGAUCAAACAGUAAAAAAGAUUGCAUUGACAAGGCCAUCUACCAAGGCUAGGUUAGCAAACAUUGAUGGUGUCAAUCAGCACCUCGUUAUAAGCCAUGGAGAUCAUCUUCUUCAAACGAUUAGAGAUCUUUCACAAAAGUUAAACCUUUCCUUGGACGGAGAAGCAAGCUUACAGACUGCUAAUUCCAGAAAGAUGCAUCCAAUUCCAAUACCCAACCACCAGAGAAAAUUGCCAUCAGCAAAGUAUGAAGCAUGGAAAAUGUGGCAUGAAGAUGGUCUAUCAAUGGACAAAGUAGCAAAUUUUCCGGCUAGAUCAGCCCCUAUAAAAGAACAAACUGUUUGUGAAUAUCUUCUGGAAGCUGCCAAAGAAGGAUUUGAGAUUGAUUGGCCCAGAUUUUGUGAUGAGAUUGGACUGACACGUCAAAUUUUCUUAGUUAUUCAAGGUGCCAUCACAAAGGUUGGGUCAACAGACAAGUUGAAGCCCAUUAAAAAUGAAUUACCUGAAGAUAUAAGCUAUAUGCAGAUCAAGACUUGUCUGCUGAUGCAAAACUGUGGGAUAUCUCUAGAAGUGGCCUUGCCUAGCGACCCGAGUAUUUCAAAGGCUAGUGAGCUCGAAAACAAAGUGACUGAUAGUAGUACAAAAACAGCCCCUCUUGCUUUCACAAUGACACAAGAACAAGAGGUGCCUCCUAUCAAUGAUGAUCUGCAGUUGCCAGAAAAGCGCCAAAAAUUAAACACAACUGAAGGAAGUUCUGUCGCAUUGGAGGCAACAGAGAAUUCCAUAUUGAACUGGCUAGAGAAACUCAAUGAAGGGGUUUCACUGUCUGAUAUUUUGGAGCACUUCAAUGGGUCGAAAAAGGAGUCUGUGAUUGAUCUGGUAGCUUCCCUUGAAUGUGACUUUUUGAUAUUUAAAAAGAAUAAUCUGUACAGGCUUUUGUAAUGAGGAAUUUCUUCACAUUGCUGGGGGUGAUCUAAGUUAUGCUCAGUUCAUACAGACUUCCAAUGACUGAAAAUUGGCAUUUAUUAUUUGACAAAUAGCAUUGUUUGUUAUGUGUAAAUUGAGCAAGAAGCUUUGUUUACUAUUUCAUGAGAUGUGUUGCAGUGCUGCAAAAUUUUGGUUCC